AUGAACCAAGGUCAGCGAUCGCGCUACAUCAAGACGGGUGGCGUUGUUGCCCUCGUCUUGUUUGUAUUAUACUACCUGCUGCCCGGCUCGUCGGGCUCAGCAGCGACCUUCCCUACCAGCGAUGUUGCCUCAGACCCCUCUAUCGGCGCUACCAAGUGCACUCGCCCCUACUCGGCCAACAAGCCAUUGAUCCAAUACGCUCUCAUGGUUGAUGCCGGCAGCACUGGCUCGCGCAUACACGUCUACCGCUUCAACAACUGCGGUCCCACCCCCGAACUCGAGAACGAAGAUUUCGAGAUGACUGAGCCCAAGGACGGCGGAUCUGGACUCAGCUCAUACGACUCGGACGCAGAGGGUGCCGCAAAGAGCUUGGAUGUCCUGCUUGCCGUUGCCAUGAAGAACGUGCCCGACAAGCUCAAGGGCUGCACUCCAAUUGCUGUCAAGGCUACUGCUGGUUUGCGCAAGCUGGGCCCCGAGAAGAGCAACGCCAUCCUGAAGGCUGUUCGCAACCGUCUCGAGACCCAAUACCCCUUCCCUGUCGUCAGCGAAGCCAACGGAGGUGUCGAGGUCAUGGACGGCAAGGACGAGGGUGUCUACGCCUGGAUCACAACCAACUACCUCUUGGGCAAGAUUGGUGGCCCUGACAAGACUCCCACCGCUGCUGUCUUUGAUCUCGGUGGUGGCAGCACUCAGAUUGUCUUCGAGCCUACAUUUGCCCAGGCCAAGGAUGGCGGCAUGCCCGAACAGCUUGCAGAGGGCGACCACAAGUACAAGCUCUCUUUUGGUGGUCGUGACUUCACCUUGUACCAGCACUCGUACCUGGGCUACGGUCUCAUGGCUGCCCGUGAGAAUCUGCACAAGGUUGUAAUUGACAACAUGCACAAGUCCAACCCUGAUUCCAACGCCUGGCUGAGCAAGCCUGUCUUGAACCCCUGCUUGAUCCCGGGCACUACUCGUGAGAUCAAGGUUCCUCUUGGUGAGGGUCACGCUCUCGGCACAUCUGUUACCGUCAACAUGACUGGCCCCACCACCGGUUCCGCGCCUCAGUGCCGUGCCAUCGCCGAGCAAACCCUCAAGAAGGAGUCAGAGUGCAAGAUCUCUCCUUGCGCAUUCAACGGUGUCCACCAGCCUUCGCUUUCCAAGACAUUCGCCCGCGAAGACGUCUACCUCUUCAGUUACUUCUACGACCGUGCCCAGCCCCUCGGCAUGCCUGAAUCUUUUACUCUUUCCGAACUCAAGGACUUGACUGCUCGUGUCUGCGAAGGCCCCAAGAGCGAGACAAAGGCAUGGGACGUCUUCAAGCCCAUCUCUGGUGCUAUCAAGGAGCUUCAGGGUCGUCCGGAGACUUGUUUGGAUCUGAACUUUAUGGUUGCGCUGCUGCACACUGGGUAUGAGAUGCCUAUCGAUCGCGAGGUCAAGAUUGCCAAGAAGAUCAAGGGUAAUGAGUUGGGUUGGUGUUUGGGUGCCAGUCUUCCUCUUCUUAGCCAGGAGAGUGGCUGGUCAUGCAAGAUCAGCCAGGUUGCAUAG